AUGCCUGACCUCUUUUGCUGCUCAUCGAUACGGCCGUAUCGCCCACAACGGCUUGACCAUGAACAUAAAUUCGACAAGUUCAUGCAAUGGGCAAAGUCCACCUCUGCAAAGCCCGACGUGGUCCCUAUAUUGAUAGUCAGUGCAGAUUAUGUGGUCCAGCUUGUCAGGCAAGCCAAUUACGGACCGCAAGAGUCAGUCAGAUAUUUUAUGACAGUCAACGAUGGCAUCGAAUUCACAGAAGUCAGAGAGAAUGACCUUAUCGCGGCAAAUUUCGAAAAACUGAACUCAUACAAAAACUUCAAGUGCAUCACGCAUGAUAAGUUUUUCGAGGUGAACUUGUAUCAACAGAAUCCUACCAAUAGGCAUCACUGGAGGGCCAAUAUCGCUCGACCCGCUACAGAUAUCGAUCUGGUAUAUCGACAGAAGAAGGAAAAGUCGACGCGGGCCAUCAAAGCCGAAGAUAUGAAGCAAGCAGAUCAUGAUGGCGAGCCAGAACACGUCAAGACAAACCUUGGGUCAAACCCGCUUCUGUCUCUGCUCUCUCUUGAUUGGGUCAACACAGAACUCAGCCUUGGCCUCGAGAUCGAGGAGCUUUGGAUAUCCGAGCUAAAAAGUGAUAAUAUUGCUGCGUUUAUAUGCAGUUAUGUCAAAUCAUCUGCCGACAGCUUGGCUACGUACGAAGUCGCCAAAAUCGAAUCCGCAGUGGGCCUCGCGAUUCGCCGCAUAAAUUUCCCUAAAGACGAGAUCCAAGGGCGGAACAAACUCCAGCGCAUUGUUGAGAAGGUCCUUGAUCUUUGCAGUGCUUCAGACUGGGUAUCUAAAUGCCGGGAGGGAAUACUCCGUAUGUUUACUGCGGCACCUGAUGAGCGCCUUCUUGAGCUCGUUCGACGCAAAGAAGACGAAUACGAAGACACUUGCAAAAAGAUGGCAUCAGAGGCAGAUUGUGAAGUAGACGACGAUGAUCACUACAACCAGUACGACUACGGCGACGAUUACGACUACAACCCCUACGAGGCGUCCUCUCCCGAUUUUGAUCAAGAUCUCACAGCAUGUGACAAAGAGUGCGGCUACUGUGGAAGAUGUCCUUAUUAA